AUGCCCCCAAAAAUAUCCGACGUCGAAGCUAGGGUCCUAGAGGCCCUACGCGCUGCAAACCGGCAGGAAAAACCCAACUUGGCCGAACUUUCUCGCCAAUACAACGUGCCCGUCAAGCGACUCCGAAACCGACACAAGGGAGAAGAUACUGCUGGAAUGGAUUCGUCUCCUGGAUGGCUGGGGGAUGCCUCCGACAAAGCGCUCGUCGAGGAUUCAGCCAACCAAAUCAUAGCUCGGGCGUGGGAGGGAGACGCGGAGGACGCGCCCACUGUGGGCUCCAAGUGGGUCGACCGUUUCCACCAGCGAACAGAGAGUCUCCACCGCGUUAAGCAGAAGAGCGUUGAGCUGGCCAGAGUCGCUGCUCUAGAGCCGAAGGCGAUAGCGAAAUACUUCAGGGAGUUCAUGGAAGUGAGAGAUAAAUAUGGCAUCCAGCUUGGGAUGAUGGCUAGGAAGACUUUGGAUGAGAAGACAGCUGCUGCUGAGGUUAGGGAGAAGAGGAAAGCGAACAAGCGUUCUCUUGUCUCGAGUGUCCUCGAGUCUGGGAAUUGCCGCUCACAAGACUGGGCGAAAAAGCAGGAGUUUGAGGCAAAGCAGAGGAAGGGCGAACAUCUCAGCAACAAGAGGGAGGUCUACUUGAGGAAGGAGGAUGGAGGAUGGAGGCAGGUCUUGCAGGGGAUCAAGGAUAUCGGCCGCUGGGGGGAGAAUGCUUGGGCAAAGCGGAUGGGCCCAUAUAGCCGAAAUGAGGGGUGGCGUGUUGGCGACAAGGUGGGGUUCAUGUACAUGGAAGAGACAGUUGGGUAUGGCAAGAAUGUAAGGGCAACAGAAAGAGAGGAUGUACUUUAUAGUGAUGACAUGGAGGGCAGUGUGGAAGAGAACGAUGAAUUUUAG